AUGCCUCAUGGUCACAAGAGCAAACGUCAUGCUUGUCAGAAACGCCCACAGGCCAAAGGUGACAUGCGGGGUGUUGAGGUGGCACAGGAAGCAAGAACACUCAGAGCAAAAGCACUAGCAGGAGAGGUAGAAGCCUCAGCUAUAGCAGCAGUGAGAGCAGCCAUACCCACUGCAGCCACAGCAGCACCACAGAAAGCAGCAGCACGAGCUGCAGUGAAAGCAGGAGCAGCAAAAGCAGCAGCAGCUGCUGCAGCAAAAACAGCAGCAAAAGCAGCACCACCAGCUGCAGUGAAAGCAGCAGCAAAAGCAGCAGCACCAGCUUCAGCCUCAGAAGCAGCGGGUAAACCAGUAGCGUCAGCUGCAGUCACUGCAGGAGCAGCCAAAGUAGCAGCAGCAGCUGCAGGGAAACCAGCAGCGAAAGUAGUAGCACCAGCUGCAGUGAAAGAAGCAGCAGCAAAAGCAGCAGCACUAGCUGCAGGGAAAGGAGCAACUAAAGCAGCAGCAACAUCUGUAGCGAAAGCAGCAACAGCAGCAGUUGCAGCUGCAGGAAGAAAUGAACCAGAAAAGGGAAAGGAGUCUUCUUUGACCCGGGGCCCAGCUGAUGCCUCUCCCUGCAGGCCUCCCCUGACACCUCCAAGGAGAUCACCAUCUCCUGGCGCUCUCUCUUCUGGUCACUCUGUCAAUGCAGACAGUGUUUCCAGUUGUGACCGUGAGGAGCUUUUUUCUCUGGCCAGUCUCUCCACUGACUGUUUCUCAGAUGAUCCUGAUUACCACAUUGAGACGCUGGAAUGGUGCAUACUCCAAAAAUUUCAUUUGAGGCAGCCUUUUACCAGGCAAGAUUUGGUGCAAUCCAUUAGUCUACCAUACAGAUAUCAAUUUCCUGGUAUCUUCAAGAAGGUCUGUGACCACGUGGAGGCGGUCUUUGCAGUGGAAGUGAGAGAAGUAGAUUCCACCCGUCACUCCUACAACCUUUUCAGCAUACUGAGCCUUCCCAACAAUGGGAGGAUUCGCCCUGGCAGGGGCUACCCUAAGACCGGGCUUCUGAUAAAAAUCCUCGCUGUGAUCCUCAUAAAGGACCACUGUGCUGCUGAAGAAGACAUCUGGAAAUUCCUGAAAAGGAUCCAAGUGUAUCCUGGCAAGAAGCACAACAUUUUUGGAGAGCCCAAGAGGCUCCUCACACAAGAUUUUGUGAGACUAAAAUACCUGGAGUACAGGCAGGUGCCUGGCAGUGUUCCUCCACGCCAUGAGUUCCUGUGGGGUCCCAAAGCCAAUGCAGAGACGACCAAGGAGAAAAUCAUGAAGUUUUUGACCCGGAUCAAUAAGAACUCUCCUACCUACUUCUCAUCUCUUUAUGAAGAUUUUGGAAGAGAUGUGGUUGUAAAACUCCAAACGGUGCUUUCUGCCAAACCAAUCCCAGUUAUCAUAACUCGGCCAAUUACCUCAGCUACUUAUUAUGCUACCGGUUUCCAGCCCUUUGAUAUCUGA